AUGGCGCCCUCCGCCCCGCAGUACCAGCCGGUACCCACCACCCCUUCCGUCUCUGUUGGCGAUGCCGCCACUCCCUGUUCCACCACCUCGUCCUCCCCUCCCUCAUCAUCAUCACGGCGGCGAUACUCUGAUCCUGCCUCCCGGGGUGGUCUGCUCGCCUCACCAAUACCGCGGGGCAUGCGGUUACGCCCCAUCCCGCUCAUACUCGCCUUUAUGGUGCUCGCCAUUCUCUCUGGCUCAUUUAUACAUCCCACCCCCCGAUCAUACAUCGCCGACUACCUCUCUUCCUCCACCUCCACCCUCAAUCCUUCAACAGCCCUCACCUCCAACGUUCAGCCAGCGACGGGCGGUCUCCCAGCUCACCUCGGAAUACCGAUGACACUGGAAGCGAGGCUAGCGUACCUGCUCUCCCGGCCCGCGUUAUGGCAGUGGGAAGCGGAGCUGCCCAGCCGGCACGGCUGCCCCUUCUACACAUAUAACCGGAAUACAUACUUCUUCCACGAAGGCAAGCCGGAGCAAUGGGAGCAGGUGACACCGACGGAUGUCAAGCGGUAUAGGAACAAGAUUGUCGAGUACAUGCGGGGCGUAGAACGGGAGGGCGGCAAGCUGGUCUGGGAGGAUGGAAUGGAUGCGCAUGUUCCCGCAGCGGAGAGGAGGGGUCUGAUAUACACUGCUGGAGAUGGCCCCGCGCUCAACCGGCUCCGACUGUGUCUGCACAUGCUCCGAAAAGUCAUCGGCUCCAAGAUCCUCGUGCACGUCUACCACUUCAAGGGCGAGCUGGAAGAGCCAGGACUCAAAGACGGCUUUGAAGCGGACUACGAUAUCAAAUUCAUCGAGGUCGGAGGAAGGAGACAGGACGGGAAGAGCUGGAACAUCAAGAACAUCGCUUUCCUCCACACUCAGUUCACCGAGUUCGUGUACCUUGAUAGCGACAAUAUCCCCCUGAUUGACCCGAUGGAGCUGUUCGAAGGUGCCGAGUACAAGCAGUCCGGCAGCGUCUUCUGGUCCGACCUGAACAAGGAUCACCCCGAUAAUGCCAUCUUCCGAGUCAUGGGCCGAGAUUGUACGGACGACCACUGGCCAGGAGAAGCGGGUCAGCUCGUUUUCGACAAGAGGGCCAAUAACGGUCUCAACCUCGCUGUGCUACAUCUUACCAACCACAUGAUGGAGGAGGACAAGAUGUACGGGUUCCUGAGCUACGGUGACAAGGAUACUUUCCGCUUCUCCUUCUACGCCCUCGGACUAGACUAUCAGAUGGCGCCCCGGAUCUUCGCCUCCGCCGGCGGCUACCAAACCGAGAACGGCGAGGACAGCCACGAGUUCUGCGGACACACCAUGCUCCACUGGGCCCUCACACCCUCCUCCGAAGCGCACAACCCGGCGUAUUCCCCGAAGCCCGCUUUCCUGCACACCAUCCUCGCCAAGCACCGAUACCACCUCCAGCCCGAAAAGCUCUUCACGCACGUCCGAAAACCGCGCUUGGAUGGCAUUACCGAUCCGCGCUUAGUACGGACGUACUAUGAGUGGACGGGCCAGUGUUUCGGCAUCACGCUCAAGGGGCCCGAUGGGACGAUGGGCGUGGAGGGGUCCUGGGGAGAUGGGCAGGGCGUGGAGAUGAUCAGUAUGGAGGAGCUGAUUGGGGACAAUAUGGUGUGGAGAGAGUUGCAGGAGUUGUCGAGGACGUUUGUGAACAUCGAUCACUAG